GGCAGGGAGGGAGGGGGCGGUCAGAGCUGCGCAUCUGUACAGGCAGCCGGAGAGGAGAGAGAGCGGGGAGGAAGGAGAGAGACCAACAGGACAAGAUGAGGAGGACCGCGGCAGCAGCAUCGACAUUGGGAUGGGAGCAGGGAGCUGAGAGCAGGACGAAGAGGCGCAGCGACGAGGCAUGAAGGAGGAGGUUAGGGAGACGUGCCGCAUCGCUCCAACAUGGAGGCGUAGCGACAUGCAUUAGAGGAGAGCGCUUCAUUGUAGCCUAGCAGCAUCCUCACCAUCACCAUCAUCCGUCCGUCCAACCUGAGCGGAGAGGAGGAGGAGGAGGAGAGGGGAGCGGAGAUGGGCUCCCAGGUUGUGCAGACCCUGCGUCAGGGAGUCUGGGCAUCCCUGACCGGGGGCUGGUACCACGACCCGGACCAGAACAAAUUCAACAACUCCUGCCACCUCUAUCUGUGGAUAUUCCUCCUGAUGUUGCCCCUGUCGCUCCAUCUGGCCCUGCCUCCGACCACCAUGGCUCUGAGCAUCUACUGCACCUCCAUCACCGUCUUCUUCAUCCUCAUCAAGCUGGCCAACUACCGGCUGCACCUGAUGUUCGAUGAGGGCGAGGCGGUGGUCCGCAGCAGCCUCUCCGACCUCAGCAAAGCUCAGGAGAAGAAAAGCAACGCCUCUGACUCCUGCCUGCCCGCCAGCAUCAGGAAGAGCAGCACGGUCCCCGACAGCGUUGCCAUGACGAUGCUGGCCCGGAAGCGUCCCAGUCCGGUGAUCCAGGUGACAGUGAAACAGACCGAGACCGACCCGGGGCUGAUUGGGGUGGACUGUUCCAAGUCAGACGAGGCGAAGACGGGGGAAGGUGAUGCUAAUCUCGCUCUAGGGCAGGGGGAGUCUGCUGCAGAGGAGGGGCCUGUGGUGGGAGACCUGCAGCCGAGCCCAGAGCCUUCACCGGAUGAUCUCUCCAGCCCAAACCCGGACCAGGCCGCCCCCCUGCUGCAGGCCCAGCAGAGGCCCCCGUCCAGGGCCGAGAGAGACGAGACGCGACCUGGAUCUGCGAGCGGGAAAGUGGAUGCAGAAAUAAUUGAAGCUGAAGCUGCGAAAGAAGGAACGGACACGAGUCCAGCGGCUGACGGAGAACAAUCAGAGCAGGGUAGGACGGCGGAGAAAGACUCAGAGCAGGAGACACUAGAGGAAAAAGAUUGCGAGGAUAAAGAGGAUGCAGACAGGGAAGCAGUGGAUGAAGGGCUGCCUCCUUCUAAAGGAAGUGGAGAUGAGAGUGAGGAGGAGAGCGAGGGCCAAAAAGAGCCUUCAGAUGCCAACAAUAAUUCACUGGAGACUCUGCAGGAUGAGCAGGAUGACUUUAUUGACAUCCCAGAGGCUCCUGCACUGGUCGAGGCGGUGGAGGAGACGUACUGCUCUGAUGAGAUCGAGGUGGUUCUGGUGGAUAACUCUGGCGCCGGGUCUGCUUCUGCUCACCUGGACAACAGCGACACCGUCAAGAUCAUCAUCACCAUGAGCUGCGACCCUCAGACGGCCGCUCAGCUGGAGGAGAGCGUGAAACAGAGUCUGCUGGAGAAUGCACAGGCCCAGAAGGAUGCAGGAGAAUGCCACAUCAAGAUCCCCGUCAUCACCUUCGACUCCCCCGAGGAGGAGAAGCAGGAGUCGGAGGAGGGAGAAGAGGAAGCGUCCGGCUCGGAGGACGACGCCACGCCCAAACAGCAGCAGACCACGAGCCAGAGUGAAGAGUUUCACUUGUGUAGAGAAACUACCAGCUCUGACUCCACCACCCUGGAGUGCCCAGAUCCAGACCAGGAGCAUGUUGUUCUGCAGAUGACUGGUGACAGCACACCGAGCCCACAGCUGACAAACGAUAACAGCUCAUCGGGUAUCGAUGUCCACUCCCACCCGGACGACACGGACCCUCUGGAACCUAACGUGGACUCACAAGGGUUCCUGCGUUUGCCGCAAACGUUGUGCCGCUACGGGCCCGGUGGAAGGACUCACAUCCGGGGACUGAGCAUGGACAGCGGGAAGGACGCUGUUCUGCUGUCAGACCGCUCACAUAACACAACCACCAUGACUAGCUCCAAGUCAGACCUGGAGGCAAAAGAGGGCCAGAUUCCCAACGAAUCCAACUUCUUGGAGUUUGUUUCCCUGCUGGGGUCCCUCAGUACGAGAGGAGGAGGAGGAGGAGGAGGAGGAGCCAGCACACGGGAAGAGGAGGAGCCAGAGCGGAAAGAGGAAGUGGAAGCUGCAGAGGAAGAGAGUCAGAACGCAACUUCCAGACCAGAUGAAACGAUCACAGAGACCAACUCUGACAACAAGCCAGAGAGACCCAAACCACCCACCAGUCUGCCUACCAACACGCUGCAGGCUAUUCCACCCACACACAUCCCGAUAGUCUCUCCUGACAGCCCACAGACAGACAGAGAAAAGGAUCCAGACUACGACUCUCUGCCAUCGCAGACAUCUCAGUCAGAGAGCUCCAUGCUGCAGGUCAUCUGCAGACCAGAGGCUACCAACAAAGAAGAAGCCUACACCUUCCACACCGUACACAGAGACAGACCUCGUAAGCUGUAUGCAGAGAGAGCGCUCAACCUGCCGCUCGGGGCAGAGCUCAUCACCGGCAACAUGUGUGACCUGCUGUCAACUUCAUCCAACUCAGAGUGUCAGGACGGCCUGGCGGGCGGUCACGCCGACUGCCCUUUCCAGCGACGCAUCAUCCCUGCACACAGGCUUCGGCCCCGGAGGACGCACCCCGAGAUCUUUCAGGAAGAAGACUCUCUGGACGACUCCUCGGAGACUUCCACUCAGGAGAAGCCGAGCAGGAAAAUUUAUUACAAACUCAAGCUGUUUCCUGGAAAGUGGAUCAACAUUUUGUACGACAGACUCACCCUGCUUGCACUUUUGGACAGAAACCAGGAUGUUCUAGAGAAUCUAGUUGCGGUCUUCAUGGCUUUCCUGGUUUCCUUUUUGGGUUUUGUGCUUCUCAACCACGGCUGCUUCAAAGACUUCUGGGUUUUCCAGUUCUGCCUGGUGAUCGCCAGCUGCCAGUAUUCAUUAUUGAAGAGUGUCCAACCGGAUGCAGCAUCACCAACACAUGGUCACAACCAGCUGGUGGCGUACAGCCGAGCAGCCUACUUCUGUAUCUUUUGUGCUCUGAUCUGGCUUCUGGAGCAGCUGCUGAGGAUAAAGGACCUGCCCGUGUCCAGCCUGUACGGAGUCACCAUCGUCUGCUACGAUGUCCUGCACUUCUUACGGGACCUGCUAGUAGGUUUUACCUACUGCUUCCCCAUCACCUUCCUGGUGGGCCUUUUCCCUCAGAUCAACACCUUCACCAUCUACCUGCUGGAGCAGAUUGACAUGCACUUUUUUGGAGGAACAGCCGCUACGAGUCUCAUCUCUGCCAUCUACAGCAUCCUACGCAGUCUGAUCGCUCUGUCUCUGCUCUAUGGUUUCUGCUUCGGAGCCCUCAAGGAGCCAUGGGACGAGCAGCACACUCCAGCCCUGUUCUCUGGUUUCUGUGGCCUUCUGGUGGUUUUCUCCUACCACCUGAGCCGACAGAGCAGCGACCCGUCUGUCCUGCUAUCUCUGAUCAAGUCAAAGGUAAUGCCUGCACUGGUGGAGAGUGAGGAAGAGGAGGAGGAAGAUACGGACAUUAAAGACCCGCUGCCAGAGAAACUGCAGAACUCCAUGAAGGAGAUCCUGCUGUCGGAUGUGGUCGUGUGCUCCGUCGCCUACAUCCUGACCUUCGCCAUCACAGCGAGUACCGUCUUUCUGUCUCUCAAGCCCUUUGUGACCAUCGUGCUGUACGCUCUGGCCGGGACGGUGGGAUUCGUCACCCACUACCUGAUCCCACAGCUGAGGAAGCAUCACCCCUGGUUAUGGAUCUCCCAUCCGGUCCUCAAGACUAAGGAGUACCACCAGUUUGAACCCAGAGAGGAUGCUGUGCUCAUGUGGUUUGAGCGUCUGUACGUGGGGCUGCUGUGUUUUGAGAAGUAUGUGGUUUAUCCCGCCAUCGUUCUGAGCGCGCUCACUAAUGACGGCUUUGCUCUCAGUCACCGCAAGAAGCUGGGAAUCCACUGUGACGUUCUCCUGACGACGGUAGCCGGACUGAAACUCCUGCGUUCGUCCUUCUGCAACCCAAGCUUCCAGUUCCUCACUCUGCUCUUCACGCUGGUUUUUUUCCACUUUGACUGUCCGCACGCCUCCGAGAGCUUCCUGCUGGACUUCUUCAUCAUGUCGAUUGUCUUUCACAAGAUGCGUGAGCUGCUGCUGAAGCUCCACUUUAUCCUGGUUUACAUCGCUCCCUGGCAGAUCGCCUGGGGCAGCGCUUUCCAUGCCUUUGCUCAGCCGUUCGCUGUGCCUCACUCAGCCAUGCUGCUGCUCCAGACUCUGCUCACCACCGUCUUCUACACUCCGCUGGCUCCCUUCCUUGGCAGCGCCAUCUUCAUUUCCUCUUAUCCGCGGCCCAUCAAGUUCUGGGAACGAAACUACAACACAAAGCGUAUUGACAACUCUAACAGCAGACUGGUGUCUCAGGUGGACAAGGAGACCGGCUGCGAUGACAACAACCUAAACUCCAUCUUCUACGAGUACCUGACUCGCUCGCUGCAGCAUUCACUGUGCGGCGACCUCAUGCUGGGCCGAUGGGGCAACUACAGCGCCGGGGACUGUUUCAUUCUGGCUUCCGACUACCUCAACGCCCUGGUCCACCUCAUCGAGAUCGGCAACGGGUUGGUGACGUUCCAGCUGAGGGGUCUGGAGUUCAGAGGUACGUACUGCCAGCAGCGGGAGGUGGAGGCCAUCACAGAGGGCGUGGAGGAGGACGACGCUUGCUGCUGCUGCGAGCCGGGUCACCUGCCUCACAUGUUGUCCUGCAACGCUGCGUUCAACCUGCGCUGGCUGGCCUGGGAGGUGAUGGCAACCAAAUACCUGCUGGAAGGUUACAGCAUCAGCGAGAACAACGCCGCCACCAUGCUGCAGGUGUACGACCUCCGAAAGCUGCUCAUCACCUACUACCUGAAGAGUAUCAUCUACUACCUGGUCCACUCUCCCAAGCUGUCCACGUGGCUGAAGGACGCGGCCAUCCAGGAGGCUCUGCAGUCCUACACCAAGUGGCACCACAUCGAGCGCGACCCUCAGGUGUUCAGCGUGAAGAUCGAUGAAGACUACGUUCACUGUCUGCAGGGCGUGACCAGGGCCAGCUUCUGCAACGUCUACCUGGAGUGGAUCCAGUACUGCGCUGGCAAGAUGGAGACGCCGGUGGACAGCGAUGAAGACUCCCCUCUGGUCACUAUGUCUUACGCUCUCUCCGUCCUCGGCAGACGAUCGCUCGGCACGGCGUCACACAACAUGUCCAACAGUCUGGAAUCCUUCCUGUACGGUUUCAACACCCUGUUUAAAGGGGAUUUCCGCAUCGCCACCAAAGACGAGUGGGUGUUUGCUGAUCUGGACCUCCUGCAGAAGAUUGUUGCUCCUGCAGUCAGAAUGAGCCUCAAGCUGCAUCAGGAUCACUUCACCUGCCUGGAGGAGACAGAGGAGGCGUCCAUCUUGUACGAAGCCAUCACCAACUACCGCAGCAGCCUGGUCAUCUGCCACGAGAGCGACCCGGCCUGGCGUAAGGCGGUGCUGUCCAGCCGCGACACGCUGCUAACCCUGAGGCACAUGAUCGACGACGGCACCGACGAGUACAAGAUCAUCAUGCUGUACAAACGCCACCUCAGCUUCAAGGUCAUCAAGAUCAACAAGGAGUGUGUGCGAGGUCUGUGGGCCGGCCAGCAGCAGGAGUUGGUGUUUUUACGGAACCGAAACCCAGAACGCGGCAGCAUCCAGAACUCAAAGCAGGCGCUGAGGAACAUGGUGAACUCGUCCUGCGACCAGCCGCUGGGUUACCCCAUGUACGUGUCACCUCUGACCACGUCGUACGCUGGAACACACCAAACGCUCCGCAGCAUCGGAGGAGGAGCUUUAAGCCUGGAUGCCAUUCGCUCCUGGCUCUGCUCUAAGUGGUUACGGGUGCGUAAAGACAACCUGACCAGCUGUAACAGCGGCGUCAACAUGGAGGACGUGGACUGCGGCGCCGGCGGUUCGUCCUCGCUGAGCCACAACCGUCCGUCCUCCGUCACGUCCAACAGCCUGAGUCUGUACCAGCACCGAGCCAGAACCACACACAGCCACCGACACCACAACUCAGCCAGAAGAGAGUAUCGGAGUCGGUCGGUGCAGCCUCAGAGUCAGCGUCCUCCCGUCAGCAGCCAAUCAGGGCCCAUCCUGGACUCAGGCUCCACCCACGGCCUCGUCCAGCGUCUGUCCAACAGUCAGCUGUCCUUCAACACGUCCAUAGCCUCUAUUUUCUCCCAGGUUCCUCGCCUCUCAGGAGCAGGUGGGAUCAGCUCGCAGCUCCAGGCGGCGCAGCAUCAGCAGCGAUCCAGCCAGGUCUCCUCAUCUUCAUCCACACUCAGCCUGCUGUUUGGGAAGCGUAGUUUCUCCAGCGGUCUGGUCAUCUCCGGUCUGUCCGCUGCUGAAGGCGGGAACACGACCGAUACGCAAUCGUCGUCCAGCGUCAACAUCGCCAUGGGGCCUUCACACAGGUCCAGCAGCAGAGCCACACAGUGGACAUCAGAGCCAUAUGAGAGUAUAGACGCCACCAAUUCCAACGGCGUCACCACGGUGAAAGAAGAAACGCAUUCGAGCGACCGAGGCUGCAGCCAGGGAUUAGACAAUACCCAGGAGGACUCAGCAUCUGCCUCGACAGCUCCAGAGCCGACCGAUCAGAAGACUGUCUGAGAAGGAGAAAACACACAUGAGAGUGCCCCUACUUUCUGCCCAAAUACAGAGAGGACUGUAUGAAAAGUUCUUCAUAUCCACAUACAUACAAAGGACUGUAUGAGAGGGCAACCAUGCACACCAACCUGCCUCCUCUCAUGUCCUCAGCAUGUGGUCUCACCCUGUUGUCUGAAUGUAAAGUCUGAAAACACGAUCUCGGAUCUGGUUGAUGAAAUAAAGACGUUUUUAAAUGAA